UUUUAAUUAUUAUUUUUCUUGUGUCUUGAAUUUUCUUCAGUCCACCUUCUCUCUCCCUCCUUCGUCUACUCCCUCCAAGUUUCUCUUUCUAGAUCAAAAAACGUUUCGCUCCGUUCCGUUUCGUAUCAGAGUUUACUCUCUUUCUCUCUCCUCUGCGCCUUUCUGCAAUUCGAUUGUGCUUUUUCUUUCUUUCUUGUGGAAUUGAGGGAUUCGGAGCUGGUCAAUUCGACGAAGAAAGAAGCGGAAUUAUCAGAAUCAGAAUCUGAAUCUGAGGGUGGAUCUGAAGGGAAGAAGAGUGGGAUCUGCGGUGGAAGAUGGCGUUGUCGGGGAUGAGAGGGCUUUCGGUUUUCAUCAGCGACAUCCGCAACUGCCAGAACAAGGAGCAGGAGCGCCUCCGCGUCGAUAAGGAGCUCGGCAACAUCCGAACCCGCUUCAAGAACGAGAAGGCUUUGACUCCAUAUGAGAAAAAGAAAUAUGUUUGGAAAAUGCUUUACAUAUACAUGCUUGGCUAUGAUGUGGAUUUUGGUCACAUGGAAGCUGUUUCUCUCAUAUCUGCUCCAAAGUAUCCCGAGAAGCAGGUUGGGUACAUUGUAACAUCAAGUUUGCUGAAUGAAAAUCAUGACUUUCUCAGGUUGGCAAUAAAUACCGUUCGCAAUGAUAUUAUUGGCCGCAAUGAAACCUUCCAGUGCCUAGCAUUGACUAUGGUUGGAAAUAUUGGUGGGAGAGAGUUCGCUGAGUCCUUAGCACCUGACGUGCAGAAGUUGUUGAUAUCUAGUAGCUGCAGACCGCUUGUGAGAAAGAAAGCUGCAUUGUGUUUGUUACGCUUAUACAGGAAAAAUCCUGAUGUUGUCAAUGUUGAUGGAUGGGCGGAUCGGAUGGCACAACUGUUGGAUGAACGAGACCUUGGCGUUUUGACAUCGUCUAUGAGUCUUCUUGUUGCGUUAGUAUCAAACAACCACGAGGCAUAUUGGAGUUGUCUUCCCAAGUGCGUCAAAAUUUUAGAGCGCCUUGCUAGGAACCAGGAUAUCCCACAAGAAUACACUUAUUAUGGUAUUCCAUCUCCCUGGCUUCAGGUAAAAACAAUGAGGGCUCUUCAAUACUUUCCAACAGUUGAAGAUCCAAAUACCAGAAGAUCAUUGUUUGAGGUGUUACAAAGGAUACUAAUGGGCACUGAUGUUGUAAAAAAUGUGAACAAAAAUAAUGCAUCCCAUGCUGUUCUUUUUGAAGCCCUUGCUCUGGUGAUGCACCUUGAUGCUGAAAAGGAGAUGAUGACUCAAUGUGUGUCUCUUCUUGGAAAAUUUAUUUCUGUCCGUGAACCAAACAUUCGAUAUCUUGGCUUGGAGAAUAUGACCAGAAUGUUGAUGGUUACAGAUGUGCAAGAUAUCAUAAAAAAACAUCAAGCUCAGAUUAUUACUUCUCUGAAGGAUCCUGACAUCAGUAUUCGGAGGCGUGCUCUCGAUUUGCUAUAUGGCAUGUGUGAUAUUUCAAAUGCAAAGGAUAUAGUUGAAGAACUACUACAGUAUCUAAAAACAGCAGAGUUUGCAAUGCGCGAGGAAUUGUCACUUAAAGCAGCUAUUCUUGCUGAGAAGUUUGCUCCAGAUCUUUCAUGGUACGUAGAUGUGAUCCUUCAGUUAAUUGACAAGGCCGGUGAUUUUGUUAGUGACGACAUUUGGUUCCGUGUCGUACAGUUUGUUACAAACAAUGAAGACCUACAGCCAUAUGCUGCAGCAAAAGCUCGAGAGUAUCUUGACAAACCUGCCAUACAUGAAACAAUGGUUAAGGUCAGCGCAUAUAUACUUGGAGAGUUUGGGCACCUUAUAGCUAGACGGCCUGGGUGCAGCCCAAAGGAAUUGUUUAACCUUAUACAUGAGAAGCUUCCUACUGUAUCGACUUCUACUGUUUCUAUCCUUCUAUCAACAUAUGCUAAAAUUUUGAUGCACAGUCACCCACCAGACCCUGAACUACAGAAUCAGAUUUGGUCAAUAUUUAAGAAAUAUGAAAGUUCAAUUGAGGUCGAAAUACAGCAACGAGCUGUGGAGUAUUAUGCGUUGAGUAGAAAAGGUGAAGCCUUAAUGGACAUUUUGGCUGAAAUGCCUAAAUUCCCUGAACGACAGUCCGCAUUAAUUAAAAAAGCGGAAGAUACUGAGGUUGAUACGGCAGAGCAAAGUGCCAUAAAGUUGAGAGCCCAGCAGCAGGCUCAAACAUCAAAUGCUUUGGUUGUACAAGACCAACGUCCAGCUAAUGGAGCUCCACCUCUGUCUGUUGGCCAACUUAAUCUUGUAAAGAUGCCCAGCAUGAGCAGUAAUGCGGAUGAUUAUCCAGCAGAUCCAAGAUUAUCACAGGAAAAUGGGGCUUUGGCUACAGUAAAUUCUCAACCUCCCCCUGCAGAUAUUCUUAGUGAUCUCUUGGGUCCGUUGGCCAUCGAAGGCCCCCCAAGUAGCAGUGUACAUCCUCAACCAAGCCCAACUUCAGAAUUGGAAGGAACUGCGGUUGAAUCCACAGCAAUAGUACCUGCAGGGGUGCAGGCCAAUUCGGUGCAGCCAAUUGGAAAUAUUUCUGAAAGAUUUCAAGCUUUGUGCAUGAAGGAUAGUGGUGUUCUAUACGAGGAUCCUUAUAUUCAGAUUGGUGUUAAGGCAGAAUGGAGAGCUCAUCAUGGGCAUAUGGUUCUUUUCUUGGGAAACAAGAAUACUGCUCCCCUUGUCUCUGUUCAAGCUAUAAUGUUGCCUCCCACCCAUUUGAAGAUGGAGCUCUCACUAGUACCGGAAACUAUACCUCCCCGGGCACAGGUUCAAUGCCCACUUGAAGUUAUUAAUCUCCGUCCAAGCAGAGAUGUUUCUGUUCUCGACUUCUCCUACAAGUUUGGAAACGAUAUGGUCAACGUCAAACUUCGCCUUCCAGCUGUUCUGAAUAAGUUUCUUCAGCCAAUAUCUAUAUCUGCUGAAGAGUUUUUCCCUCAAUGGAGAUCACUUCCUGGACCACCUUUGAAGCUUCAAGAAGUGGUCAGAGGUGUUAGACCACUUCCACUGAUCGAGAUGGCAAAUUUAUUCAAUAGUUUCCAUGUGACAGUUUGCCCAGGGCUUGAUCCAAAUCCAAACAAUCUUGUUGCGAGCACUACAUUCUACUCAGAAAGUACAAGGGCAAUGCUCUGUCUAAUAAGAAUCGAAACAGAUCCUGCAGAUAGAACCCAGCUGCGAAUGACAGUUGCUUCCGGGGACCCUACAGUAACAUUUGAGUUGAAGGAAUUCAUCAAGGAACAAUUAAUCAUCAUACCCACUGCAACACGAGUACCGACACAACCACCCCCUCCAACUCCUCCAGUGGUUCAACCCACCGGUGCUCCUGCCGCUCCAACAGAUCCUGGAGCAUUGCUGGCUGCUCUUCUAUGACAACAUAAAUGCGAUUCAUUCAUGAGAUGUUCAGUACACAGUUGUAAACUAAUUCUAUACACAGCCUAACCCACCCACUCAGCGUCUCCUCAAGCCAGUGUGGGUUGGAUAAACAAUCAUGAUGCAAGGGCUGGCGGAAUUGAGAUUGAGCUUGUUUAACAGCGGAGUGUUGGAGCAGGGAUUUCUAUGUUGUUGGGCAUUUUUGAGAUUCUUUCUGCACAGAAGUGAUUGUCCUUUUAAGUGAGAUUUUAUAUAUCAUUUGGGCGAGGGUGUUUUUGUUUAUUUUUCUCAUUAUAUUUUUUCCCUUCCCAGUUUCCCUGGAUUGUUGUGGUUUCACCUGAUAGCUUGUAAGAUAUUGCCUCGGAUUAGAACCACUUGUAACCGUUUGAAUUUGUUAUUCCAAAAUUAUAGUUGCAAUAA